AUGCCGAGCUCAUCCAUCUUCUGGUCACCAGCACCAUACCACAUUAUCAGCUAUGGUACCCUCCUCGGCUCUGAAAUGUUCCAAUCCUUCAUAGCCGGAAUCAUAGCCUUCCGCGCCCUCCCACGGCCACAGUUCGCAACUCUUCAAUCAGCCCUCUUCCCCAUCUACUUCGGCAUGCAGACAGCACUCCCUCUCCUGAUGGCCCUCACUUACCCAGCCGAACGCACCGCAAUCGGCAUGAGCCAGUCCUCUAUAUCAGGCGUCCUUGAAGAAGGACAUCGCCUCCACGUCGCAACACCACUGUUCUUGACGCUGCUAUGUGGCGCAGCAAAUAUGCUGUUCAUUGGUCCUGCAACAACGAAAUGUAUGAAGGAGCGAAAACACCAGGAGACGAGAGAUGGGAAGAAGAGUUAUGAUUCGGGUCCACAUAGUGAGGCUAUGCAGAAUUUGAACAAGAAGUUUGGGAUUUUGCAUGGGAUCAGUUCGUCGGUCAAUCUGGUGGGAUGUAUAGCGACUGUUUGGUAUGGAUUUUACUUGGCUGAAAGGAUGUUGUGA